UCCCUGGCGGAAGCGCUUCCGGGUGGCCGCGCGCGGGCCGGAAGCGGCGAGCACUUCCCUCGGCGGCGGCGCCAUGGAGGCGGCGGCCGAUCGGCGGCGGGAGCGGCGGCGGCGGCGGGAGGCGACGGCGGUGGUGAAGGCCGAGAAGCGGAGCCCGCGGCGCUCCGCCUCCCGCUCGGCGCGGGGCAGCCAGUCGCCGCCGGCCGAGGAGCGGCGGAGCGCGGGCGGGCCGCGGCAGGGCGGCCGCGGCGGGAGCAGCAGAUCGCCCAAGAGGAGGAGCAAGUCCGGGCGGAGGAGCCGGUCCCCGCGGGGCAGGAGGAGCCGCAGCCCGCACUACGCCGCCGUGAAGGUGAAGCAGGAGCGAGAUGAUCAUUGUCGUAGAGGAAACGAGGAGCGAAAGCAGAGAUAUCCAUCAGAACAAGAACACAGGAGAGAGAGGAGCGGUGACAGAGAUAGACACAGAGACCACUCAGACAGGAGGAAGAAUCCAAACGAAAGGCCUGGAGUUCGAGGCCACGAGCGAGAGAGGGAUGUUCAGAACAUCCGUGAGCAGCAAGCAGAGAGGGAGUUUUAUAACGAGAGGAGACGGGAGCAUCGGCAAAAUAACGAAGGCAGUGGCAUCGACCAGAAUCCAGAACUCGGGCAAUCUGAUAACAAACCUAAAGAAAAAGCUGCUGUAAACAAAGAGAAGCCAAGCUUUGAACUGUCUGGUGCACUUCUAGAGGAUACCAACACUUUCCGAGGCGUUGUCAUUAAGUACAGCGAGCCCCCCGAGGCUCGGAUUCCGAAGAAGCGAUGGCGCCUCUAUCCUUUCAAAAACGAUGAGUUCCUCCCGGUCAUGUACAUCCACAGGCAGAGCGCUUAUCUUCUGGGCAGGCACCGCAGGAUCGCAGAUAUUCCUAUUGACCAUCCUUCCUGCUCAAAGCAGCAUGCCGUGUUUCAGUACCGGCUUGUGGAGUACACUCGUGCCGAUGGUACCGUUGGCCGCAGGGUGAGGCCCUACAUAAUCGACCUGGGCUCUGGGAACGGCACGUUUCUAAAUAACCAGCGGAUUGAACCUCAGCGUUAUUACGAACUAAAGGAGAAGGACGUACUGAAGUUUGGGUUCAGUAGCAGGGAAUACGUUCUUCUCCAUGAAUCUUCAGAUAAAUCUGAGGCCAACACAAAGGACGAUGAUGACGAUGAUGAGAAGGAGGAAGAGUCUGACAGUUAACAGAUGAGGAGGAAAUUGGGGACGGGGGGCCGGGGAGAGAAAGGCUUUGCAGUUGAACAUGCAUUGGGAUAUAAACGUUGGAGCAUCGCAGCACUGAUGCCUCUUAUUGCCUUAAAGUCCUUUUUCUGUUGCUGAUCUGUUCUCUUAGUUCAUUUUGGGGAACUUAUGGUUAUUCACCUUUGAUAGUUCUGCGUAUCAGGAAAUAUGGGGGCGGUGGGGUUCACUUCCCCCCCCGCCUGACAAGCAAAAGAGCACCUGAACGUGAAAGCUCUGAUGCUGGAAAUAUUCAACAGAUGUUGAAAGACUGUCCUCUUCUAGGAAACGAUGUAAAACGCAGCUGGCAUAUUUAAAAUUAUUUUUAUUCCGUGUUUUGUCACGGCCCUUUGAAAAUGCUACUUAACUGAAAUAUUAGUUAGAAAGUAACCCGGUGCAUUUUGUAACACGUCUUGUUUGGUAGAGUUUGCCAAAUUCCUUUGCCUGCCGGGGUUCUAGACGGGAGAAUUUUCCAGGCUCGCUACUGAAAAGGCGGCAUGUUGCAAAGCCCCUCUUGCGUUUGUGUGCUUUGGGUAGUCAGUUCGCCUUGUGACAACUUUCAGGGGGGCGUUUUGCAGGAAUACGCUACCUGAAUUUACAAGGUGAUUUGAAAUAGAAGUGGAACGCUUCCUGGGGUUUUAGGUGACGAUACUGUGAUUUGGGGGCUGAGGUACCUGUUCCCACACUCGAUGCUGAAACCGUUCCUGGGUGUUGAGUGUCAGGGUCUAAAGCUGCGACCUUUAUGUCUGAUACCACCUCUGCCCCAGGAAUAACUCCUCCUUGCUUUUGUUUGUGUUACCGACAGAUACCUUUUAUGUGGUGACAUGUUUUACCCAGAGUUUGCACUAUUUAAGUUUUCUUUUUAUAAAAAGAAGUUAUACAAGUCACUUGUUUAUAAUAGUCUUCUCCCCUGUAAAGAAAAGCAAUUCUUUGGGACGAGAAAAAACAAUUCCACUCACUGAAAGUACUUGCAUAUUUUUGGAUGUCUUCUCCCCGUUGCUUUAUGGUAUAAGAAAUGUACAUUUUUCACACUGUUUACUGAUUUGCCUGGAUGUUUGUUCUGUGGUCACAAGCUGAUUCAUACCUGCUGUGUAUAUACGCUGUGUAUGCAAGAGUCGCAUAUUGUAUACACAGGCUAGAGCAUCUGUGGUGUAAAUAUGGGGCAUUGGCGUAGGUUUUCAAACAGUAGGCAGAAUGAAUUUUGACUAGGACGAUCUCCUUUAUAUAUACUCUAGGGGUUUUUAAAUAAAGAAUUUGUAAAUUUAGCCCUAA